AUGAUGAGCUCCUCCGACAACGUAGCCGCCGGCCAGAAGACGGGGUGGCCGGAAGUUGUUGUGUUGUGCGCUGAAGAAGCCAAGAAGAUCAUCUUGGCAGACAAGCCUGACGCCGACAUCAUGGUGCUCCCCGUCGGUACGCCGAUGACCAAGGACUUCAGGCCCGACCGCGUCCUCGUCUUCGUCGACAUCGUCGCUGACACCCCAAGCAUCGGCUAGCUAGCUUCAUGUGCAUGGUCAAGACUCAAGAAUAAGUUAAACAAAUAAUUACAUGCUGAUGGAGCAUUACCAUGUCAUGGAUUUGAAUUUCUUUAGUUGUGUCAGGCGUGUUUGUUAUUCACUAUGUCAAAAACAUGUAUCUCCCAUGUGAAUGAUUACAAUAACUCCUGAUGUUGAAAUCAGACUGUACUCCUACAAAAACUUAAAAUUAUCGUAUAUGAAAAGUCUAGAGUACCCUUGA